AAACUGGUUAAGUGUGAAUUUGGACUUCAGGCAGACGGUUGUAAAUCCAGCCGGAUGCAGGUCUUUCUGCGGUUCCUUGGCGCAAACGGGGAGCGGGACGUCCUCCUUCAGAGUGUUCGGGACGAUCCGGAUCCAGGAUCAAGUAGAAUUCAGGCACUUAGCUCGGUGUUAGCUCGGCGUUAGCUCGGUGACAUGAAGCCUUAUUGCUCUUUGUUUUUAAAGCGGGCUGUCUGACCUCACAGAGCUGCUCGUCCGCGCACAAACGCCGUUGGACCGAUUUAUUUCGCACUUAUUCGAGAAAAGGACAAAGUGGCCGCUCUGUUUGGUCUGUUAGCUCAUCGGCUAACUCCUGGUUCUCCCGCGGAGGCUCCAAAACUUCGCCCAGCUGCUAACAAACGUCAGCUAAGGACACGACUCUGCAGCUCCUUCUGAUGUGAGCUGCACAACUAAAAACCUGCUGGACUGAUCUACUGCCUCUUUUUGGGCAUCGAGUCAGGUUUUUCUGGCGAUCUGUGCGGCUGUAAGUCACCAGCAUGUACGUAGGACAGUGGACACAUUAGCCAAAACACAUCCUGGCCUCCCAAAGAUGACAAGGUGCUGGCACGCAGCAGCUACGAAAUGAUGGGAGGCAGUGAGACUGUCAGUGAGGACACAGAUGGGGUCCACACAACCGCAGUACACGUCCCCAUCGGCUGGCAGAGGAGGGUGGAGCACGGGAAGGUGAUCUACAUCAGUCCCAGUAGCUCUGUGCUGUCCUCCCUCGAGGAGGUUAAGACCUAUCUGUUGACUGAUGGCACCUGCAAAUGUGGUCUGGAGUGUCCGCUUGUCAUUGAUAAGGUUUUCAAUUUUGCCGUGGGAGUGAAGGUGGAGCAGCACAACCAUCCUCUCGGGAAAAUGGGGCAGGACAUGACCAAACUGUGCAACCACCGCAGGAAAGUGGUAGCUAUGGCGGCGCUCUGUCGGAGCAUGCAGGCAUCUCAGCUGCCCUUUGCCAACCUUCAUCGCCCAGAAGCCAGCAGUCGGUUAGUGGACAGCCACAAUCCAAAGAGGACAGCUGUGGAGCGGGAAGAAGGGGACCGUAGAAAUUACCACCCAAAACUCCAUCCACUCCCAGCUCGAACCCAUAACAACCUCCAUCCAGUCUGUAGCGCCAGUCCCAAGGCCUCCCAACAGUUCAUUUACCCAACUAACGGUUCCUCCCCUGUGCUUCACGUAGGCACAAACUCUCAUCACCCCCUCGAUGCUUUUAGAAGACUUCACCUUCCUGUUCUCUCCACCUCCUCCAUCACCUCCUGCAGCUCCUCGUUUCCACUGUACACCACCGCCCAAAGGUCACCCUGCACCCCAACACCUCAAAAUGUCACUCAAGGUCAACGGUCAACAUCCAGAACCCCAGAGAUUCCUGGUUCUCCUCUACUGUUAGCCCACACAACACCUCCCCCCUCUUCCUCUAUGACCUUGGGUGGUGGAGGGAGAGGGCCCCAGGCUCCGGCUCACCAUCCUCACGGAGUCAUUGUAGGAGGCUCCCCCCUCUCUCAGUCUCCCUCCCUCUCUCCUUCUCUACAUAACAUGAACUGUGCGUCUCCCCGUCAGCGAUCCCGUCACCCUUCGGCCUCUCCUUCCCCUCUCUCUGAGCACGGAGGAAGCUCCACAGCAGGACUGAUGGGAAGUAACUUGCCUCAGAAAAGGAAAUCCUCCUCUUCCUCCCCACACUCCUCUCACUCUGGUGGUUCCCCAAAUCCCAGCCACCAUUUUUCAAAGUACAAACUGGAAGACAUCUUGGAGCAGUUUAAGAACUCAGGCAUCAGCAGCACUAAUAACCAUCAUCUCCUAAUCCCUACUAACCCCUCCUCACUGACUAACCAAAGCAGCAGCAGCACUCACAGCCUCCCCCGAGCGCUUGACAAAAUUGGGAACAUAAAGUCUUCAAAGGUUCCUGUGAGUCUAACACCCAAACCAGGAACACAGGGAUUUGGUUCAAACACUGCCGGGCCCUCAGGUUUACCUCUGGGGCCGACGCUAAACCACAGCCAUCAGGGCAGGUUACCACACCUGGCUUCUUACCCUGCAAGUAGCCUCCUGUCUGCAGCUGCCAAGGCUCAGCUGGCUAACCAGAUAACACAGGGUCAAAGUUCAAAUGUGCCGGGGAACCCGGUGAGCUUGGCCUCGUCUUUGGAGGUUUUAAAAGAGACACAUCAGCAACCGUCUCUGAAGGUAACAAACAGCACUUUACAUGAUACCCACCCUUCCUUCUCCCUCUCUUCUUCUCCUCGGCCUUCCCAUCUCUCCCUGGCAGCAAACUCCUCUGUCCUGCUGCCCUCGUCCCAGUCUCUGGCUCAGUCCCUGGCCUCCUUGCACCACCUCCCUUCCACAGCAGAGCGCCAUGCACCGCACAGAAAGAAGCAGCGCCGGUCUCCCACAGUCCUUAGCACGCUCAGUGACACUCAGGAGCUGGCCAACGGGCACAGGAAGACCCUGCCAGGAGACACUGUUCCUCUUACCGCCAUCAACCUUUCCUCUUCAUCCUCCCUUCUACCUUCUGCCCUGCAUUCCUCUACCUCAGCUGCUCAGAACCAGACUGCUGCCAUGUUAGAAAACCAUCAUCCCCUCCUCACUGGCCAGAUGUCCAGGCUUCCUCCUCUCCGACAGACACCACAAUCUGCCAGGGCUCUGAGACAGAGUGAGGCUCUGGACUUCACAACAGAUGUAACGUCUCCCACAGGGCCUCCCCUCAUCUUAGACGCUCCAAACCAGCCUUUGUCCGCGCUGCUGCACCUCCUCAGUGUGCAGAACGCACAGGCUGCAGCCACGGCAUCGAGCUCUGCUGCAGGUCAUCUGGGAUCAGGGCCGAGCAGUGGAGGCGGAGACACUAAUAAACAGAACUCCAGACUCUCGUCCUCAUCUCCUGUCCUUUAUUCCAACACCAAGCAUCCCCAGACUCACUCACUGUGCCAAACCAGUAACACUAAUCCUGUACAGUCGGUAAUACAGGCAUUCUCUCCUCCACCCCCCCAGUGUAGGUCUCAGUAUACUAAAUCAAGCCCUCUGAAGAGACGUUCUCCUUCAGUUCCGCCCACUUCCACUUUAGCUUUACAGGACAGCAGCCAGUCUCGGCCUGUUUCACCAACUCCCUCAGACCAGCACCCGCCUGCAGAGAGUCACAUUCCCACAUUAGACUGUGUUUCCCAGGCUCCUCUGCAGGAAGCAUCGUCGCACAUCACCGUGGGAACAGAGGCUGGCACUAAUAACGUGUCGGAAUCAGCAGACCUGAGUCAUUCUCAAGGCAGUGUUGCCAUGGCAAUUUCCACCUCCCCGAAGCCUCUUGAUCUGAGCAAUCACGUCCUGGCCCUGCUGGCAGCAUCUUCCACUGUGCCCCAAGAGGAUGGCAGCUCCUCGGACCGUACCACUGAUGUCAUCUUGUCUUCCAAUGGAAACCACUCUGCAGGACCAAGAGAGCCUGACUGUGUGGACCUUAAAGUCUCCACAGUGACCAGCUCUCCAGUAUCCAACAGCCCUGGAUCAAACAGCUCUUCUUGCUUCGGGGAUCAUCCCAGUCCCCACACCUCUUCAGCUGUGGGGGACUCAUCUGCUCCACUGACUCUGGCAGAAGAUUUCCCCUUCAUGACCCAAGAGCAGCUGCUUCUGCUGCUGUCAUCCACAGGAGGAUUACCAUCUCUCCUGGACCCGACCGUUCUGGCUUCACUGCCCCUCGGGGGACUGUGGCUAGGGGGACACAAUGCGCUGAUGCCUCCUGCCACGUCCACAACACAAGCUUCACUGAAUCCUGCCGAACAGCAGCAGUCUGACCAGCAGCAACCGUUACUGGUCCAGCAGCAAAACCAGGACACACAGCAGAAGCAGCAGCAGUUAAAUAACAACACUCUGUUUCCAUCACUGCCCUUCUUGAAUGCCCAGGGGGAGUUACCUCUGAACCUUUUGGGCCUGCUGAACCCGCUGCCACCCCCUACAACCUCAAACCCUACCCAAGGACAGGAAGGUGAUCUAGGGCUUCCAGAAAAACCUGGCCUUCAGGCUUUAUUGAUGGCCUCUUUGCUCCUUGGACAACAGCAGACGCCUUUGUUACCUCUGUCUGGCCUAGGUCAGUUAAGCCAGGUCAGUCUGGAAAUUCCACUUCAGCAGUCACAGCAGAUGCCCACCACGUUAGAGGGCCUCAGCCUGGAUAAGACUUCUGGCUUCCUCGACCCAUCAACCCUGCAUGGCACAGGACUCAUGGAGGUCCCACAGAGCCUCCUCUCUAUUCCUCCAACAAGUGAGGGCUCGAUACAAGCCCUGCAGUCAAUGCUCCUCUCUGCCUCUCUUCCUCCUCCCCCCGCCGCCUUCCUGCCCCUCAGUCCUGCUCUCCUCACUGCUGCCCUGGGCUCUGCUGAGCUCCACCCACCUGCUCAUACCCAGCUAGUCCCCGCACAACAAACCCAACAUACCCAACCUCAGGUACCUACUGACACGGGUGUGGACACCCUGAUUCCCCUCCCUCUCCAAGGCAAAGACAACCCCAUCCUCCAGCAGUUAUUGCCCUCGCUGCUGAACCCUGCUGUUUUAGGAGAUCUUUCAAGCAUCUCAGGUCUCCAUAACAUGGUGGGGUUAGGACCUGGUUCCAUCCUUGUACCCUCAGUUCAGACCUCUGCUUUGGGUGUGCCUCUUGUUCAAGGUCCAGAUGGAGCUCUCAACUUACUGAACAAUAUACAGCUUAAUCUUGCACCACACUCAGAAGGAGAGAAACCAAUCUCUUUGCCUGAAACACAAAGCCCCACCCCACAGGAAGACAUUCCAGUCAGUCACAUGGCUCCUGACGUGGGUUCCAGUCCUGGUCAUGCGCCAACUCCUGUCCCAGAACCCACCUCACCCCCACAGCAAGGAUCCGAGGGCAGGUCUGUGAGCAGCGGGGGGAUUAUUGAUCCUUACACAUCUUUCAUGGACACGAUUUAUACCUCUUUUCUCCAAGUCAGUGCUAAAGAGCAGGAAGACGGGGCCCAAAUGGGGCCGUCGGACCCCACCUCACCCUUCUGUGCCUUACCGCCAGUUUCCUUCCCAGUUGAGCACCACACCCCAUCCACCCCCAUCCCAGUUCUUCCUCAGGCAAGCGCACCAGUCUCACUCAGUCCACGUCGGGCUUGCUCCCUCCGCAACCCUGAUUUAUCGCGCCUCAGCCUGGAAGUUGCAGCACAUUCUCCAGCCCAGGGGACACCAAAACCUACUGAAGAUGACUCGACGUCACCCUUACAAAGGAAGCUGGUCGUGGUUGAGGGACAUUCUCACCCAGAGCCUCCUCUACCCUCAGUAUAUUUGGAGGAGGCUAAAACAGAUUGUGCUGGGCCAGUUAGGGCAGUGUGUCCCUAUGUGGAGACGGGGGUGGAUAGGCAGGGCCACCUUCCCCAGGUAGCAUAUGUCAGUCCUGUGAGCGAUUGCAGUAGUAGGUCCAAGGAGGACAUGGCUGGGAUGCUGUUGCACAGCAAACAGGAAAUGGAUGAAGCAGUGGGGGGAGCGAGAAGAGGACGGAAAAGAAAACGAAUGCUACAUAAUGUGCUGGAAAACUUCAGAGACCUGGAUACUAUGGCACUACAGGAAUCCAAGGCUACGGCAGCACUUCUGAAGCCUGAAAGGUCCAUCCGUGGCCGGAGACGACGAGGCGCCAGGUCUCAGAGGCAGUGAUUGGUGGAGGAAGCUGCCAGACAAAGCUGUUCACUCAUCAUAUGUGGACACGCCUCCUCUUUCUUGUGUCUCUCCACCAUCAUCACUGCUUUCCAAAGUUUAGCUCCCCUCCCCCCCCCCCCCCCCCCCCGCCCUUCUGUUCAACUGCACUAAUACUACGUUGCCAUGCCAACUGUAGUCACGGCAACCACUAUUAUAUAGAAAAAAAAACACAACAGGAGCAAGAAGUAGCCUGAAAAUAAAUACAAAAAAAAAAAAAAAAAUUGCAUCUUGUUCACACAGUAAAGGUUGGUGGACUUUGUGAUCAGAGAUUUGUUCAUUAUUGGAUUACAUAUGAACAAGAAAGUAAAAGCAGAGUACUGUUUGUUCUUCCUAUGAUGCUGUGAGUUCGAACCCCAUUCAGCCCGUCUGCCUGAACCACGCCCGAUGUAAGAAAAUGAGACACUGUUGGAAGUUAGAUUUUAAAAAGCCAUGCUAAUGUCUCCACAAUGUUAUGAAAGUCAUAAGAAGGAAAGUGUGUGUGUGUGUGUGUGUCUUCAGCUUUGAGCUCUGUCCUCAUCAGUGUCUGGUCAGAUGUUCUUGGUUCAAGGUUUUCCAAAUGUUUUGAUGGUUUAUACAUCACUAAUUUUUUUUAAGUCUUAUUUUGUCUGAAUCAUUGAGACACAGCGGGAAGUGUGUGCGUGCGUGUGAGCGAGAUGUUGGGACGUGCUGCGUCGGCAUCAGGCCUUCGUACCUUUCACACGCUGUGCUCGUGGUUGCUGUGAAGAGUUUGGUGUCGCUGUGGUGUGAUGGAGCUUAUUUAUUUAUUGUGUUGAGAGUCAGACUUUGGCCCCUCAGUCGUUUGGUCAGACGGGUACGUACGUAUGUUUAACUCCCCACGUGUCCAGAACUGAUCGGCUCAAUGUAAAUGUCGAGAGGGAUGAUGUCUUUUCUGUUGCCAUUGGCUCGUCUCCACACACUGCCCUGCCAAAAGACUACCGGCGUCUCGCUGUAUUUAAAAACAAAUAAAUAAAUAAAAGUGAAAAAGAAUGCAGAUUAUGCAAUUUCUACACUUGGGAGAUUUGUACAUAUGUACAGUUAAUGUGUUUUAUUUUGAUUUUAUAUUGUUAGAGAAAGAAAUUGUGAAUUUUUCUUGGAAUUGUAAUUAUUUUUUCGCAUUCUACCCCUUUGAUUUCAAGUUAUGUUUAAAAAAUGUGGACUGUAGCUUUCUUUUUUAUAUGGGAGACUUUUUUAUUUAAUAAACUAUUUACAGAAAA